AUGCGGUACCGCGGUAUAUAUGGUGUGUACCGUGGUGGUGUGUACCAUGGUGUGUACCGUGGUGGCGUGUACCAUGGUGUGUACCGUGGUGGCGUGUACCAUGGUGUGUACCGUGGUGGCGUGUACCAUGGUGUGUACCGUGGUGGCGUGUACCAUGGUGUGUACCGUGGUGGCGUGUACCAUGGUGUGUACCGUGGUGGCGUGUACCAUGGUGUGUACCGUGGUGACGUGUACCAUGGUGUGUACCAUGGUGUGUACCGUGGUGACGUGUACCAUGGUGUGUACCGUGGUGGUGUGUACCAUGGUGUGUACCGUGGUGGCGUGUACCAUGGUGUGUACCGUGGUGGCGUGUACCAUGGUGUGUACCGUGGUGGCGUGUACCAUGGUGUGUACCGUGGUGGCGUGUACCAUGGUGUGUACCGUGGUGGCGUGUACCAUGGUGUGUACCGUGGUGGCGUGUACCAUGGUGUGUACCGUGGUGACGUGUACCAUGGUGUGUACCAUGGUGUGUACCGUGGUGACGUGUACCAUGGUGUGUACCGUGGUGACGUAUACCAUGGUGUGUACCGUGGUGACGUGUACCAUGGUGUGUACCGUGGUGGCGUUUACCAUGGUGUGUACCGUGGUGGCGUGUACCAUGGUGUGUACCGUGGUGGUGUGUACCAUGGUGUGUACCGUGGUGGCGUGUACCAUGGUGUGUACCGUGGUGGUGUGUACCAUGGUGUGUACCGUGGUGACGUGUACCAUGGUGUGUACCGUGGUGACGUGUACCAUGGUGUGUACCAUGGUGUGUACCGUGGUGACGUGUACCAUGGUGUGUACCGUGGUGACGUGUACCAUGGUGUGUACCAUGGUGUGUACCGUGGUGACGUGUACCAUGGUGUGUACCGUGGUGGCGUUUACCAUGGUGUGUACCGUGGUGGCGUGUACCAUGGUGUGUACCGUGGUGGCGUUUACCAUGGUGUGUACCGUGGUGGCGUGUACCAUGGUGUGUACCGUGGUGGCGUUUACCAUGGUGUGUACCGUGGUGGCGUGUACCGUGGUGGUGUGUACCAUGGUGUGUACCGUGGUGGCGUGUACCAUGGUGUGUACCGUGGUGGCGUGUACCAUGGUGUGUACCAUGGUGACAGGGUGUCAACACAGGCAGCAGCAGCUGGUGAUGCUUCAGCUGGUGCCAAAACUUCAUAUAACUACUCAUCGAUCUAUAAAUACCUCUCUCAGUGGGAAAAUGGAAAUAAGAAGUUUUCACUUGAUCAAUCAUUACCAGAACACAAGGAAACGUACGCCAUGCAUUGUUGUGGUGGAGAAGCCAUAGUGUGGAGGAGGUGUGGUGGUGUGGUGGAGCUGUGGUAG